GAGGUUUCAGGCUCGCUCGACCUCGUCUCGGCUCAUUGACAGUCCCUCCGCCUCAGGGCUAACGGCUCAGCGCCUCAGCCUUUCCCUUCUCUCUCUGACUCUCUCCUGCCCUGUUCUUCCUUGUUCCUUCCCUGGCGGCGGCGACGAUCGGGGGAGUGGCGGCGCCAUUCGUCACGUCUUCACCCAGCCCUUCGCCGGCGACGAGCAUCCACCAGCAAGCCAGCAAUGGAGAAGUAUAACAGCAACACUCGAUUUGGACCCUUGAGAGACGCGCCACUUGCUCUCCGUGGUGCUCUUGGUAGCUCAAGCUCAAAUCUGGAGCAAGCCAGGGGCUACACAUCUUCGCCUCUAGCAGCCCUGCGACCAAAUAUGUCUCCAACUGGAAGCCGAACCCUGCACACAAGCCGCCCCCUGUCAUCUCCUGUUGCGAACCGCCCAUUGUCGCCCCACCUCCCGCUGAAGAAGCCACAGUUUAGCGCUACAUUCUCAAUCUCGCACCGUAUUUUCGGUGUCGCAUUGGGAGUUGCCAUCAUAUCCGUCCCUCUUGCCACCAAGUUCAGCCUGAUGUUUGGUGUUUGAGAGUGAACUGCUGCAUUGGCGAGAAACGUUGUUUCCCAUUCCUGUGACUGUUUCAUCGUCUGGGUUAUCUUCAAACUCGACUGUGGGUUUGGUUGGAAUAACACCUUUGUCAUGCUUGCAAACUUCGCUAAUAAAUAAGACUAUCAAAUGAUCAGUGUAGAGAUCACAUUCUGAAUGUACAUGGUUAUGAGGUUCUGCAAAUUUGGUCAGAACAUUGAUUUCUAUGCACGUGAAUUCUUGGUUUUGAA